CUCCCCGCAGGCACUGGGUCACCAGCUGGUUGGAGCUCUGCGGUCCUUGCCGCCGUCGUCGUCGUCGUCGCCGUCACCGGAUUCCUGCAGCCGCUCCGCGAGCUGUGUUCCACUUGGAUUCACACCACCUCCGCUGCUCCCGCCGCCACCGCCUCGGCGCCCUUCCCCUGGCCCUCGUCCACCCAAUGUCUGACUCUGAUUCUCGGACUGAGAAACGCAAGAAAAAAAGACCAAAUGGCCAAGCAACCUUCUGAUGUAAGUUCUGAGUGUGACAGAGAAGGUGGACAAUUGCAGCCUGCUGAGAGGCCUCCCCAGCUCAGGCCUGGGGCCCCUACCUCCCUACAGACAGAACCGCAAGGUAAUCCCGACGGCGAAGGGGACCGCUGCCCCCACGGCAGCCCUCAGGGCCCGCUGGCCCCACCGGCCAGCCCUGGCCCUUUUGCUACCAGAUCCCCACUUUUCAUCUUUGUGAGAAGAUCUUCUCUGCUGUCCCGGUCCUCCAGUGGGUAUUUCUCUUUUGACACAGACAGGAGCCCGGCACCCAUGAGUUGUGACAAGUCAACACAAACCCCAAGUCCUCCUUGCCAGGCCUUCAACCAUUAUCUCAGUGCAAUGGCUUCCAUAAGGCAGUCUCAGGAGGAACCUGAAGAUACGCGCCCAGAGAUACGGAUUGCACAGGAGCUGCGGCGGAUCGGAGACGAGUUCAACGAAACUUACACAAGGAGGGUGUUUGUACAUGAUUACCGGGAGGCUGAAGACCACCCUCAAAUGAUUAUCUUACAACUGUUACGUUUCAUCUUCCGUCUGGUAUGGAGAAGGCAUUGACAGGAUCUUCAUACAGCCAGGAUAAAUGGCGGGACAUUGCUCUUGUUCAGACCGGGAGAACCCCAGCACUUCCAUCUCUUGGUGCUGCAACAGUACACCCAGUGGUUCUAUCCCAGAGAGGUGUGCUGAGGCCUGGACAGCGCUCUGCACUGUGUCGAUGUCAACAGAGCCUCUGUUCAUCACCACAUGGCUGAAUUUUCAGUAAAUAUUUGUUGUGAAUGUAAACAAGGGGGGGGUUCUCUUUUUAGUGUACAGAUCCUAGGAACAGAGAAAUAUGCAGAAGAGGUGUUUACAUGUGGUAUGUUAAUUUUUUUAAACCCACUUUCUUUGAUAACUGGUUUUUUUUUGUCUUUUUUUUUGUUUCAGAAAGGAAAAUUUUUUAGCCAAUUUAUGGAUGAUUUUUAUACUCAAAUUCUUAACCCAUUGCCUACUCAGAGGAUUAAGUAACUCUGCAGUGGGAACUGAGCCAGCUGAUUUAUAAGGCUGCCUUAGUUUAUUUUUAGAGAUUACUGUACAGAAUUUUUUAAACAGGAAGAGGAUGGUGUUGCCCUCUCUCCUCUGCCAUGGCCUCUUUGAGUUUCCUUUUGAAUUAUUACUACCAAAACAGUUCUUAUGAAAUGGAAUGAGGUCAAGCGGCAGAGGCUCUGUUCUGGUACGCCACUUCCAUUUUGUAAAUAUUUACCUCCUUAGCUCAGUUGCCUCUGUGGCAGAAAUUCACACUUUUCAUGCUUUCCCUCAACUCCUCAGACCCCUCAAUCUAUCUCCACACUGAUGCACAGGUUCAACCCAGGGUGUUUUCAAAUGUAUGUGUGUCAGCAAGGGCUAGGGGCUGCCGGGAUUGUUCCCAGCUCCAUCAAAAUCAAGCUGACUCAUGGGAAGGGCUCUUGUGCACUUCACUUCUCUGUGGUGGGUUUGUUUGUCUCUUAUCCUGAGAGAAUGUGGGCUUACACAGCACUUGUUGAAGCUGUUGGCUCUUCUGGUUACUGGCUUUGCUGCCGCCAUAGGCUCUGCUUUGCCGUGUGUACCAGAUGAGCUAGAGUCCACACUUUCCUGGUGAUUGGCCAGGUCAUUUCAGGAGCAAGGAGCUCAGGUGAUUCUUUUCCAUGCUUCUUGAUAUGUAGCCCUGCUCAUCCUACCUGGCCUGUGAGUCCUGGAUUUCAUCUCCAUUCCCUCGAGUUAGGAGCUGGCUCUACUUCAUCAGUUUCCAUACAUAGGACACCUCCAUUCUACCAAGUAAAGCAUUUGUCUUCCACAAGAUGUCUGCCUGCUUUGCUCUCUCCAUUUUCUUAACACUUGGAUCUUGUUGGGCUACCUGUGUCUGUGUCUGCUCUUUCUUGGUACCUGCCCCUUAGGACCACAUGUACCACAGCCCAUACAUUGGUCAGUUAUUUCAAGAGCAGGCAGCACUGGAAGUGCAUAGCCUGGUGGAGGAGCGCUUCCUAUCGUGUAGAGGCCCUGUGUCCCAAAACAAACAGCACACCUGUAGGCAGACAGCCAGGGGAGAUACAAAAAAGGACCAAGUGGAAAGAACAUGGGAGGGGUUGGGGGAGUGGCAAUCCCUCUCACUUGUAAGAAGUUCAGACAUCAGGCAGCUUGCUUAGAGAGGUGUAUGAGUUUCUACCCAAGUCAGCAGUGCCAACAACUGUUUGCUUUUGGUCUAUAGAAAGCCAGUGGUUUUUCUUACGUUAUUGAGAGAAGCCCAUUCGUUCCUACUUUCGAGUGUGUGUGUGUGUGUGUGUGUGUGUGUGUUUAUAUGUGUAUAUAUAUAUAUAUAUAUAUUGCCUAUAUGCUUUCUUCUAGAUUGAGAUCAUCUGACCCAAAUAGUCUUUAUAAAUGCUUUCCCAGCUUCCUUAGAUUUGUAAUAGUUUGAAAGCUGUCUUGGCGUUCACCUCCUUUCCUGAUGUAUUGAGCCUGCUCGUGGGUUCCCAUGAGGCCUAUGGUUGUAAGUUGAUGUUAAGAGUGCAACCAUGGCUCUGACCUGACACACACACACACACACACACACACACACACACACACACACCAAAGACAUGCUUGGUUCUGGGCCAUCUCCCUCCCAGGACCUCCAUUUCCAUGUGCCAGUCUCCCUGACUGGAGCACUUUACUGUCUCAGCCCUGUGGCUCUGUGGUACUGCCUGGGCAAGUGCAGAAGGCUCCCAGAGCCGGGUGCCAGUGGCAUGUGUGUCCCCUGAAGCGUGCUUACCUCCAGCCUGGGGCUGGCUGCUGAAGCAGCUCAUAGGGAAAUAAGAGAUUCUAUGAAUUGUAGAAGUAUUCAAGAACAGGAUGCGGCACCCAGAACUUAAACAUGACUGGAUGUCCCUGUACUGUAUCUGUUUCUUAAAAUCCAAACGUCUCCUACCGAGAGUAUCCCUGCUUACUGUGGGUAGGCCUUUGUACUUAAUUUUAUUAUUCUUUCUCUUUCUUGGUAGGACAGAAACUAGAUCUCCCUCCCCCACGUGUCUGUCUGUCUGUCUCUCUGUGUGUGUGUGUCUGUGUGUGUGCACGCGUGUGUGUGCGUGUGUGUAUGUGUGUGUGUGUGUAAACAUAAUGCGGGUUUUGUGCCUUGACAGCCUCCCCAAUGUGAGGUUUGUAAAUAGUGUCCUGUGACUUCACCUCAAGUUGGAAUAAACAUACAAAAUGGUGUCCUGAGUCAUUCUUCAAGUUUCCUUCCCAGAAAAAAGUUGAUGAAUUUGGGGAGGGGGGAUCUGAAAUCAGUUUAAAGUCUCUCUUUGUCAGUCUGUAAUGGGUAAUGUCGCUUCUCCUGUUUCCUUCCAGUGUUGUAUAUAUUUUGACUAUUUAUUAGAUUAGGAAGUCAUGUUUCACUCGUCAACUGAGCCAAAUGUCUGUGUGCAAUUGUAUUCCCUUUACCUUCCUUUGUAAAAUAUUGUACAGGAUAAAUGAGUAAAAAAAAUCACUGUUUUUCUUUCAAACUUCUCAUACUUAAGGAUUGUAAAUAGCCUAGGUUCUUCUGUGUAAUGUGCCCUACUGUUUCAUAAUGCUGUAACUUGUAGAGACGUUGUAUAUUUAUUUUCCGCUUAUUUAAUGUCUUAAGUUCUUGAAAGUGUUGACAUCCCUAUCCCUGACACCCCUGCCAUGCCAUGAAUUGCUUCAGCUCCUGAUAAAGGGGGUCAGUGACUGGUUCUGUUCCUCCAAGGUGGCUUCUGCUUGGCUUCUGGCAUUCAGUGCUUGGAUCCUGCCGCCUUUCUGGUGAAAUGAGUGUUUUGCUGCCGGUGAGAUACCCUAGAUGCAGGAGCCCGGAAGAUUGGACUCUAAGAAAAUACCCAUCAAACCCACUUGUAAUGCAGCUGGCUUCUGAGAAAAGCAGAAGAUUUACCAAUAAGUUGGCCAUAUCCUUAGAGAAGUAUUAGCAGCAGAUGGGGAAGAUUUUUUUUCUUUAAUUGAAAGAGUAUCUUUGACAACUCAGUGUUGAGAGAAAUAUAAUCCUGCUCCUCUUGAGGUACUGCUGAAUGGCUGCCCUGGGUAAGAGAAGGGCUGGUGGGACCUGUUUCUAGAGCUUUUGCCAAGGCCACUCGUGUCACCAGGACACUCACUGGCUACUGUCCCCACCUGCUGUGUGCUUCCUAUGUUUUGAGGUCUGCAGAUUGAAUUUACCCAUGCCACUCGGCUCCUUCCCCCUGUGCACUGCAUUAGGCUGCCUCUACCUGCUUCCCUCAACAAAAGUCCAAGUUCCCACCAGCCUGGGUGUCAAGAUGGAAAAGCUCGCUGAAGCUCUAGAGCCAUGUGACUUCAUGUAAAUGGUUUUGUCCUCCCUGCUGAUUUAGCCUGGUGCCUGUGUGUGUCCAUCCGCUCAGUAUGUCUGUGCGGGUCCUGUCCACACGUGUCGCUAAACCAGCGGGGAAUCCCUCUCAAACAGCAUUGCGCAAAGCAUCAUGUUUCCAGCAAAGUACUUGAUCUCUUUCACAUGUGUUUUGUUGUCUAGGUUCUGUGACCACUGGUUUCUGUAUCCAGACCUGUCAGGUAUCCUUUAGUGAACAGCACUGAUCUCUGUAUAGUACCCUAUCACUAACGUCAGAACCCAGCGUAUGUAGCAUUUGUAUUGCAGUUCCCUGGCUUCCUUUAUGUUUUGCACUGAUGAAUUUUGACAGGGUAAUUGCCACUGUACCUGUGCAAUACUGCUGUAAAUAACUGCAGAUUUUUUUAAGAAACUCUUUUAUGUUCUUAAUGAAUUUUAUAUAAAUAAAACUUGCGACUAGCUUU